CUAUUCCCAUUCUGGUCUAUCUAGAGAUAGGAGAUCGACACACUUGUACACUUUUCACGAUUUGGACAUCCAUUUUUCCUACUCCUGAAAAAGAACCUCGUGCUUUGUUUAUUGGAAGUUAUUAGUGCAAUCAGGAAACAAGAUGGCCGAAGAAUCGUCCAGAUGUGUAAUGAUUGCUAUCGAUGGCAGUGAGCAUGGGCAGAGAGCUUUUGACUUUUAUUUGGAUAAUCUGCACCAACCAGGGGACACUGUCUUUCUUACCCACGUGGCAAGGGAACUUGACUUGCCUACAGUUUCUCUAAGUAACCCUAUGUCCCUCCCACAUGAUCAAUGGAAAACUGCGGCGGUCAAGAGGAACACUGAGAUCAAUAAGCUGGAGGCGGACUAUACAGCACAGCUGCUGGGUAGACAUGUGAAACACCGAACUGUAGUGCAUUACGAAAAAAAACCGGGGGAAGCUAUAUGUAGAACAGCCAUGGAUGAGAAUGCCGCGAUGAUUGUCAUGGGCACACGAGGCAUGGGGACCAUUAGACGAACCAUUCUAGGAAGCGUCAGUGAUUACGUCGUCCACCACGCCACCUGCCCCGUCAUCAUCUGCCCCCCGGUCAACAAGAGGAAAGAGAGCAGGGCCAAGAGCAUGACCGAGGGCCAAUAGAAUUUUUUAGAAUAGAAUUUAUUGCUCGACAAAAUAAUACAUUACGUAGAGCACAGGAAUUAUACUGUAUAAAUUACAAAUGUACAUAAGAUGAAUUUUUGAAAGGACGGCUCUUAGCAAAGCUAACAGUAUAUAAACAUAGUAAGGACAACAAAAUAUCACAAAUUUACAUACAAUAUUCAGAGCAGUUGGAGUGAUUUUGACCAACAUUUUUCAAUUUAAUAGGAGUCGUUGAGUACGAGAUUACCCAGUAGGUGGUGAUUGACGGUUCAUACGUCACGCCUGAUUUUUGCCUCCGUCACGGCCGAUAUUUUGGCCUCUUUUUUUUCUUGGAUUUAAACCCUUCCUUAAUGAGUUCUAGUCAUGGAAUUUCCAAUAAAUGAAUACAUGAUAAGUAAACUAUAACUCCAGCUAAAGUUGGGCUAUUCCACUUUAAAUGCAAUUCUAGAAUUCGCGAAUCGCGAAAUGAUACUCGAAAAAUUGGGCAAUUAACCUCGUAAGCCUUUUGUAUUGGUAAUGUUGCGGUUUGUCAAAUAGUGAUAAAGCCUGCUUUUCUUGACCAGAAAAAGCGCCACCCGAUGGUUUAAUUUUAUUUCCACUAUAAUAUCAAAGUACAUGUAGUCCUUUAUAUAAUAAAUUGUUUGCUAUACUUA